AUGUCUCCUGGCUGGCAGCAUAUUGGACUGUGCACCUUUUGUAACUUCAGUAAUCUGGAGUCAGUGGCGGAUCCAGGAAUUUUCCGAAGUUAG